CCUCUAACUAGCUAAGUGAUAAGAAUAACCUAAAUUCUUAGAGUAUAGGUCUUUACAGACAGGCCUGAAUAUCUAUAUCCUAACAAGCAUCUCUUCCAAAAAGUCAUCCAGUCUUGAUGGGAAGACUUCACGAGAUGGAGAAUAUGGAGGUUACUUAUCUGUAACUGAAGAUUCUUUGAGAGAUGUGGUCUCUAUCUAUAUUCUACAUGAGGAUAUGCAUGCACUCCAUGAGACAGAUUUCUAGUAAUUAGUGUCCACUGGUCUGUGCCUGCAAAGUUGUCCUCCUUAUGCUCCGAACCGAAGGCAUAAAGGGUAGUGCGGACCGACACCUCUCCAGUUUCCCUUCUUACCACGACUCAGAAAGAUCCAAAGCAGAGGGGAAGGAGGGCAAGUAGUGGAAUACAGAUAUGGAUCUGUAUCUUGAAGCAUCUCCAAUUACAGGCAAAAUGCCAAAGCUCGUCUGAUAUCAAGAAAGUGAAAUCUUCUCUCCUCUUUGGAAGUAUGAGGUUUUGGAAAGAAUACUCGUAGGUUCUGAAGAAAAAGACACAGAGGUAGUUACAGGCACAGGAUUCCAGCUCAGACCAUGUGGCAGUGAGAAGCAACUGGAGAGGCGCUGAUCCACUAGUGACCUCAGUUCAGAGCACAAGAAGGGCUACUGCACAGAGCGAAAUGGCAGAUGUGAACUCCAAGAGGGCAUCUCAGUUGUUGCAGAAAUCUAUUAAGCCAGAGGACAACGGAGGGGACACACAGCCCAAAGAGGAGAUAAUAGAAGAGCAGUCUCUCCCUGUUAUCACUCAAUCCUACCCUCAGACAGUGCAAGUGACUUUGGGAUUUCUCCUCCUCACAGAGGAAAUAUCGAUGGUGUUCAACACCUACAACAUGGCAGCCAACCUUGGCCCAGCUUCCAGAAGGAAGAGGGAGAAAGGGGCAAAUCACGAUGGCACAAGCACCUCCCUCUAUGUUGACCGCCGCAAGUCCAAGGUGUGGAACUAUUACACCAAGCUGGGAGAUGCCUAUGUCGAGUGCAACGUCUGCAAGAAGCAGCUUUCCUUUCACAACAGUACCACCACCAUGCGGGAGCACCUGGUCAGGAAGCACAGCAUUCGUGACACUUUGCUCUCGCAGCUGAAGGAUGACCAGGCUUCUGAGUCUGACUGCAUGGCUCAGGAGAACAUGAUAAAGAGGUCCCGGCAGAUGACACCGGAAAACUACCUGUACCAUGCCGCGUCCUGCUCGGAACCAAGGACUGAUGUGAUUCUGGAACUGGUGCUUGAGAUGAUAUUUCGUGACCUCCAUCCUCUUUCCGUGGUGAAAGACAAGGGUUUUGGCCUCCUCAUCGGGUAUCUAGAGCCUAAUUUUACCCUUCCAUCUCCUAUUCAGCUUUCCAGCAUGCUGUGGCAUAGAUACAAUGUGGUGAAGCAACACCUGGAGCGCUAUUUGCAAACAGCCCAGUCCAUAGUCAUCUGCGUGGAGUUCUGGGUGUCCCAGCCCAGCCAGACAUACUUGACAAUCACAGCUAACUUCAUCGAUGGGGAGUGGCGCCGGGCAAGAUGUAUCCUGGAAACCCAGCCAGUGCAUGAGACUAAAGGGGAGGGUGAUUUAGGAGAGAAGCUCUACAGCAUCCUGACAGAGUUUGGGUUGUCGAAUAAGUCCAUUUUCUGUGUGAUGCACGACAGCCUGGAGAACACAGUGAUGAAUUCGCAGCCCGCUCAAAAGGGCUUAUGGCUGGACCAGCCUGUGCUGUGCUGCCCACAUGCUGCACCUGUGCAUCAAGGCAGGGUUGGAGGUCGGGCAGGUGCAAGAGGCUCUGACUGCCGCCCGGGGCAUCGUGAGCUACUUCCAACAGGACGCGAAAGCCACCUGCUCGCUGAACAGCAAGCUGGAAGCCAUCAACAAGACCAAGUUGAAGUUGGUGAUGGACGUGGGAUCUCGCUGGAUAACUACCAUUGAGAUGUGUGAGAGCCUCCUGGACCUCAAAUGGGCUAUCAUGUCUCUGCUGGAGGAACAUCCCAAAGGGACAUUGGCUGUGCAGAACUUAGCUGACCACCAGUGGAAGCUCUUGCAGGACCUGGUGCCAGUCAUGAGGACGAUUAAGAUCGCCACAUCGUUCUUGCGUGAGGAGCAGAACAUCUCCAUCUCUUCUCUGAUGCCUUGCAUCCACGGUAUCGUCGCUGCCAUUGGGCAGCAGUUGGAAGAGUCCAGUGAUAUCAUCAAGAUGGUGGUAGGUAAUAUCAGGUCAGAGCUGAUGCAGCGCUGGAAUAUAUCGGAGGAUGAGAAGGUGCUGGAAAGCCCCGCGAUUAUUGCCUCGUUUCUAGACCCUCGUUUCAAGGAGAUGAGGUUCCUGAGUCCCAACCUGAGGAGUGAGCUGCAUAAGAAAGUCAAAAAUAUGCUAUCACAGGUCUUCAACCACCAGUCCCCACCUUCUCCCCAGUUCUGGGUGCCGAAUUCAGAUUACAAAGCAGAAGUAGGAGAAGCAGGGGGUCAGCUGUCUGCUCAUAAAGACAGAGGCCCAAGUGGCCAGUCCCAGAGCAUGUAUGACAUCCUUUUGGGGAAAGAUCCAACGGAGAGCAUGCCUGAAAUCCAUCAGCAACUAGAGAAUUACAUCGUGGAACCUCUCUGCAAACGCAGCACCAACCCACUGGACUGGUGGAAAACCAAUGAGCACCGCUUCCCCGCUGUGGCAAGAUUAGGCAGGCAGUACCUUGCCAUACCAGCCACUGUUGUGCUGCCAGACCAGGCCUUUGCUGCCAACGAGAGCACCCUGGAGCAUCGGAGAGCAGUCCUCACCCCUGAAAAUCUGGACCAAAUUCUGUUCUUGCACCAAAAUUUUGAUUUUUUAGAAUCAAUGAGAAACAGUAAUGAGAUGCGGGGCAGAAAUCUGCAUGCCCAGUAUUAAAAUGCAGUGGGGGUGGGGCUGAGUACAGAGGUGAUGCCUAACGUUGUUUAACGCUUCCCUACCUUCUGGGUGGGAUUUUGGAAAGGUGUCUGCCUAACUUCAUUCCCACUGAAAUUAUCCUUUGAUGUCAAUGGGAGCACAGUUAAGCCAAUGCUGAGUGUUUUCCAAAAUCCUCCCUACAUGUACAACUAACACUGUUUUUGUAACCACUUUGUGAUAGUUUCAUCCAACUCAAAUACAAUAUAAUUCCAGAGCAGAAAGAAAAUGUAAGUUCUACCAAUCUGGACUUCUUAGCAUUACCUCUGAAUUUGGCCCUAGGGCAUGCUAGUAAAAUCCUUAAGGAUAUAAAAAUUCUCACUGUAGCAACCUUUUUACAAAACAAAGUUCAAAUAUAUUAAUAUAUAUAAAUGUUCUCCACUGCUGCAUGGAUCCUACUACUACAUAGUCAAAAGCUGUGAGUUUUUAUGGAACAGGCCACUGUCCACUAUUUUGAGAUGUUAUUUAAGUUGCACUGAUAUUAAAAGUUUCAGUCCUCAGAGCUACUCUCCUCUUCUGCAAUAGGUUGUUCCUGGUAACAGAGAGAAGCAGAUGGAAAUUGUUCACCUAGGGCAGCCCUUAACACAUCAUCCAAUGGGUCACUAGACUGGAAGACAGAUCCUGUCUGUUGCCAGUUUUCAGAGCGUAUGCAUGGCUUGGUUGGGAGGAGAGAUAGCAGACAACCUCCCAGAAGUUCCACAUAAAGGGCCGGAGCCUCAGCUAGUACAAUACAUCAACGGAGCUAUGCCGAUUUACAUCAGCUGAUGACCUGGCCCGUAAACUUGAUUCUUCACUCACACACCAGUUUUAAAGCCAUGUAACUCUAUCUUCAGUGGAGAUACUCCUGACUUACACUAGUCUAAACAUCUGAAGAAUUGGAUUAUAGUAAUUUUGCAUUAGUUUACUUAAAGGCGGAUUUUAAACUACUUCAAGCCCCUGCAUGGACACUCUUAAUUCGGUUUAAACUGGUUUACAUCAAUUUUUCUUGCGUUGGUAAAUUUACAGGCACAAGUUAAAUCAGUAUGACCAGUUUUAAACCAGUACAAGAGUAUCUAUAGGGUUUGCACCUGUUUAACUAAACCAGUUUUUAACCUUUUUUUAGUUAAACCAGUGAAAAUUCUGUGUGUAGACAAGGCUUGGGUGAGUGACAGGCUUCAAAGUAAAGAGCACAUUGAGAUGAAUGGAGGCAAGUCAUGCCAAUGCCCUGUUCGAGGCCUUCUGUUUGCACUCUCAGAAGACAGCUGGUCAUAUUUAAGGGUUUCCUUUAAGGCUAGAAAGCUUUCUUUCAUCUUUAACCUUUUUUAAAAAAAUAACACCUUAAAUUAUACAGAAGCUAAUGGGAAAACUUCCAGGGAAAUUGUCUACUUGCCAUGGGUAAGUAUGUUUGUCAAGCCCUUGACCUGAACAUUGCUGCUUUAGUAAGAGGCGCUACAAGAGCAUUUUGACUAGUGUGAGGAAGGAUUUCAUCAUCCAGCCUCGCAAAACAGCCACCAACCCAACAACAAAAUAUAUUUCCAGUUCCCACACAAUGAUGGUUGGGGGAAAACCCUAGUUAUAUUUUACUUGCUGUCCAAGCAAAAGAAAUCCAGUAACAACUCAACUUUGCAGUUUUUUAAGAUUGUAUUGCUUCUGCAAACAAAAAGUGAUAGACAAAACCGGUGCAAUAAUUUACGACCUGCUAUGGUGCUUUAACAUAUUCUGGGAUAUUAAAGUGGGACUGCUAGACAGCUGAUAAGAUUUAUGGCAGAUCAAACAGACCUUUAGUUCCGUUGCUGGAUCUUUUGCCACUCUCAUCACUGUAGUAUCUGAGUGUCUUCCAGUGAUAAAAUAAACAAGGGACUAACA